CCACCCUCCCAGAACUGAGAAGAGGAAGCUUGUGAGACAGACAUCUAGUUCUGCCUGUGUUAGUGAAGAGGAGCUGCUUAAGAAAAGAUGAAGCCCUUGUCCCUGUUAAUAGAGAUAUUGAUAAUUCUUGGGGUCACAAUUAAAACUAUUGAAGCAGAAAAACAUAAAAGACAAAAAGAAAGAAAUGUCACCACACAGGUAUCAGUGAAUGAAAUCAAACAAUUUUUAUCGCAUAUACUGGAACAAAGAAAAUCAAGUAAAGUAAUCAGAAACAGAGAAAAUCUCUUAGAAAAAAAGAAGAAUCAACAUAAAAUAAGAAUAAAAGGAAUUCAAAAUAAGCACCUCUUGAAGAGAAAUAAAAAUCAUUUAAAAAAGCAAGCAAAGAAAAAUUUCACAGAUGAAGGAGAUCAGCUAUUUAAGAUGGGCACCAAGAUUCUCCAGCAGUCUAAAAACCAAAAACAAAAAGCAGAAGCCUACGUCCUCUUUGCCAAAGCAGCUGACAUGGGAAACUUGAAAGCUAUGGAGAAAAUGGCUGACGCUUUGCUAUUUGGAAAUUUUGGAAUGCAAAACAUAACAGCAGCCAUCCAAUUAUAUGAGUCCUUGGCUAAAGAAGGAUCACAUAAAGCCCAAAAUGCAUUAGGAUUCUUGUCUUCUUAUGGAAUAGGAAUGGAAUAUGAUCAAGCCAAGGCACUGAUAUAUUACACCUUUGGAAGUGCUGGAGGAAGCAUGAUGUCCCAGAUGAUUUUGGGAUACAGAUAUUUGUCAGGAAUCAAUGUUCUACAGAGUUGUGAAAUUUCCCUAAAUUAUUACAAGAAAGUGGCAGACUAUAUUGCUGGCAAAUUGGAAAAAAGUGAAGGUAUUCCAGUGGAAAAAGUGAGACUAACUGAAAGACCUGAAAAUCUGAGUUCUAACAGUGAGAUUUUGGAUUGGGACCUAUACCAAUACUAUAAAUUUUUGGCAGAAAGAGGAGAUGUUCAGAUACAAGUAUCUCUUGGACAAUUACAUCUAAUUGGGAGAAAAGGUCUAGAUCAGGAUGACUACAAAGCAUUAUAUUACUUCUUAAAGGCAGCAAAGGCUGGGAGUGCAAAUGCCAUGGCAUUUAUAGGAAAGAUGUAUUUAGAGGGGAAUGCUGCCGCGCCACAAAAUAAUGCCACUGCCUUCAAAUACUUUUCCAUGGCAGCCAAUAAGGGCAAUGCAAUUGGUCUUCAUGGUCUUGGUCUUCUUUACUUUUAUGGAAAAGGAGUUCCUGUGAAUUAUCCUGAAGCACUUAAAUACUUUCAGAAAGCUGCAGAGAAAGGGUGGCCCAAUGCACAGUUCCAGUUAGGCUUCAUGUACUACUCUGGCUCUGGAGUAUGGAAGGAUUAUAAACUUGCCUUCAAAUAUUUUUACUUGGCAUCUCAGAGUGGGCAGCCCCUUGCCAUCUAUUAUCUGGCCGAGAUGUAUGCCACAGGAACAGGAGUGUUAAGAUCAUGCAGAACCGCUGUGGAGAAAAGGCUAAAAUUCUUGAAAAAGAGAAGAUGUAUCCAAUGGCACUUCUUCUAUGGAAUCGAGCAGCCAUUCAAGGACAUGCACUUGGCCAGGAGAUUAUAUGACAUGGCCGCUCAAACGAGUUCAGAUGCUCACAUACCUGUGUUCUUUGCCCUCAUGAAACUGGAAACUAUGCAUUUGCUACGAGACAUCCUGUUUUUUAACUUUACAAUGAGAUGGAAAUGGAUGGACUUGGAUGACACCCUGGGACCAUACUGGGAUUUAUUUCUGAUUGGCUUCAUUGUUGCAGUGCUGAUUUUCUUGCUUAUAAAUUACCACCGGUAGGAUCUGGAUCUUAGGAAAACUUGCUCAUGGGAACCAGUUCACUCCAAGGUAUCCUCAGUAAAUAAAGAAUUUCCUCAUCCAAA